AUGGUCAAGGCCGUCGCUGUUGUACGUGGUGACUCCAAGAUCACCGGCUCUAUCGUCUUCGAGCAGGAGUCGGAGACUUCGCCUACUACCAUCACCUGGGAUAUCACCGGCCAUGAUCCCAAUGCCAAGCGAGGCAUGCACAUCCACACCUUCGGUGACAAUACCAACGGCUGCACAUCGGCCGGCCCGCACUUUAAUCCCCACGGCAAGACCCACGGCGCCCCGUCGGAUGAGAACCGCCAUGUUGGUGAUCUUGGCAACAUCGAGACGGAUGCCCAGGGCAACUCCAAGGGCACCGUGACCGACAAGCUCAUCAAGCUCAUUGGCCCCGAGAGCGUCAUUGGCCGCACCGUUGUCGUCCACGCCGGCACUGACGACCUCGGCAAGGGAGGCACUGAGGAGUCGCUCAAGACUGGCAACGCCGGCCCCCGUCCCGCCUGCGGUGAGUUGAUCUGCUUGCUCAACCAUGCCUCUGCCUGA